AUGAAGGUUGGCCAUCGAACAGUCACAGAUCACUACUCUUCUACCGGAUGGAAAAAGCAUUCGCCCUUUGCGGCUAACAAACAGUUGAAUAAUAACCAAACGAUUCCUUUGACCUCGUUGAGCGCUGCAUACACAUCCAUGACAGCACGGAAGAUCAACCUCCGUGUACAUAGAUCCCGUGCCCUUUACCCCAUAGAUUCCGGCUCUCGAUCCACGGACCCGUCCUUUCGGCUAUUCCAGCAGCCAUCAACGCCGACAUCGAAUUUCGUACUUCUGCGAGCAGACGACACAGUCCUCUCAUCAAGACGCGAUGCAGAAGACGAGCUGCGAUCGCUAUCAAGAUGGCGUGUCACCGAAGCCACUCGCGCGCAGUAUGGCAGAGCACAAGGCAUCGAGUUCACCUCUCCGCACGUCCGAAUGACUGGAGAGAAUUCUUCGCUGAAGUUCCCGUGCGCCGUGCAGUCGUACUGGGCGAUGUUGCGAGUCUUGGGACACAAUCUCGGUAUGCAGGUACUAGGUGAUAUGCCGUCCUUCACCCGAAAUGCCCGUUUAUGGAGGAUAUCUCUCGACCGAAUUCGAGAUGUCAUUCAUUCCAAGCCGCCACCAACGGAGUACGUCGUAUACGAAGAGGAAGCAGAAGAUGACAGCAUCAUCGGUCGAUAUAUCUGGAUAGAUUCUCCUGGCUGGGGAAAAUCAAAGGUCUUCUGCGAGUCCGCAGGAGCCGGGCCGCAGCAUAUUCUAUUUCUCCACACAGCCGGCGCGGAUUCCCGCCAGUUUCAUCCCCUGAUGAAUAACCGCCAAUUGCAACGGCGCUGCACAAUGUUCGCUUUCGAUCUCCCAGGCCACGGACGCUCAUAUCCGGGCUCGAAAACUCACCCUGAGGGAUUUGUCAACGACGAAGAGCAGUACGUUGGUGCCAUCAAGCAAGUCAUCGACAAACUCAAGCUUCACCGUCCCAUAGUCUCCGGAGCCAGUAUGGGUGGACAGGUGUGCUUAGCAGUGGCCCUACACGCCAAAGAACUAGGAGUCAGCGGUGUUAUCCCAUGUGAGGCCUGCGACCAUCUUCCUCUCACUCAGCCCAUAUAUCACUUACCUGGAGACCAAAAUGAGACGAUCCUCAAUGCCGAAAGGGUUUGCGGGAUGAUCUCUCCAACUGCCCCAACCUCUAACAAGAAACUUAUCUGGUGGACCUACUCGUCGCAAGGCACGCAGAUGUUCCAUGGUGACCUGAAAUUCUAUUUCCAAGGUUGGGACGGACGGGAACGGAUGCAUCUCAUUGACACUAAAACUUGUCCGGUCUACAUGCUUACCGGCGAGUACGAUUAUUCAUGUACUCCCCAGAUGAGCCAGGAGACUGCGAAGAAAAUCCCAGGCGCCAAGUUUGAAGUUAUGAAAGAUUUAGGACACUUUCCGAUGUCGGAAAACCCCACAAUCUUUUUGAAGUAUUUCGUUCAGGGGCUUGAGUAUAUUAGCAGUGUCUGCAAGUCGCCUGUAAUAUAA